AUGGUCGACGUGCGGCUGUACCCCGACCACGUGGAGGUGUACUACAAGGGGCACCUGGUGGAGAGCAUGGAGCGGAUACGGGGUAAGGGCAAGGCGCGCAUAGACUACCGCCACAUCAUAGGUUCGCUUGUGCGCAAGCCCGGAGCGUUCGCGCGCUACCGCUUCAGGGAGCAG